GACUGAUACAAAUAAUAUUUUUUAUUCAGUUUGUUGCUACACAUACUUUUUUGACUGAUGACUGUCGCUUAUUCUCUAGAUGUUGCCACGUCAGGUCUGUUCACUCAAAUAAAAGUGUUAUUGAGAUGGAAAGGAUCGGUUUGGAAAUCAAUAUGGUCAGAGUUACUAAUUUGGCUUUUGUGUUAUUCUAUUUUAUCAGUGAUUUAUAGAAUAUUGCUUAACAAAGCACAGAGAGAAGUUUUCGAACAGCUGUGCACUUUUUUUGAUACAUUUUCAGUAUUUAUACCGGUAACAUUCAUGUUAGGUUUUUAUGUAUCAAUUGUUUAUAAUCGAUGGACCAAAGUGUUCGAUAACGUUGGAUGGAUUGAUACAUCCGCUUUGACAAUUGCUCAAUAUAUUCGUGGUACAUCGGAAAAAGCCCGAUUAAUUCGAAGAAACUGUGUGCGGUACAUGAUAGUUGCACAAGUGAUGGUGUUUCGUGAUGUUUCACCUGCAAUUAGACGACGAUUUCCUACCAUAAAACACCUAAUUGGUGCUGGAUUAUUAACUGAAGAUGAGCUGACUGAAUUUGAUGCCAUCACGAGCCCGCAGAGCAAAUACUGGCAACCAAUUCAAUGGUUGUUCUCAUUGGUAACGGUUGCUAAGGAUGAAGGGCUUAUUGCAGACAGUUAUCUCUACGUUGAUUUGAUUGAUAAAAUGAGAGAAUUCCGUACAAAAAUUCUAAAUCUGGUCAUUUUCGAUAUGGUGCCGAUUCCUCUGGUUUAUACUCAAGUUGUUAACCUGGCUGUUCGGACUUAUUUUGUAUUGGCAUUGUUUGGAAGACAGUUUCUUGAAAACAACAAUAACAUUCCUGGUGCAAAGUGGAAGAUAGACAUUUAUUUUCCAAUAAUGACAUCUCUACAAAUUGUAUUUAUAGUCGGCUGGCUAAAAGUAUCAGAAGUAAUGUUAAAUCCUCUUGGAGAAGACGAUGAAGAUUUUGAAACAAACUGGAUCAUUGAGCGGAAUCUCCAGGUAGGGUAUGCAGUCGUAGAUCAAGCCUACGGGCGGUAUCCGACACUUAAAAGAGAUCCGUUUUGGGAAGAUGAAACACCACAAACAAUGGACACGCCAACUUCAACACGGAAAGCUCAUUCUCAUAUGCAAGGAAGUUGCAUAAAUAUGAACGAAGCUGACUUGGACAAUGGUUUGAUUUCGUAUGUUCGACGCCGAUCGAGAUCGUUUGGUGAUGAUGAUGCAUCGUCUUUUUCAACUGAAAAUACAAGAACGCAAAGUAACGCUUCGAUGUUGCCACGACAUAUGUGGCAACAACCGCGUAACAAAAUUUCUGCAGCUAUCGCAAAAUUUUAUAAAUCAGAAGCUGAACCGAGGAGAGCUAGUGUAUGCGUAGCAGCUUUGAACCUUAACCAUCGUCGCCCAUCAACAGAUUUACGUGAAAUUGAGCCAAUAGAAAACACAGAUGAUGUUGUGAUAAAUGUGCCUGCACUUGUUCAAGAACGUAUUCGAAUAGCAAAACAACAGGCAGUAAAAAUAGAAAUUCCGGAAGAACCUCUGAAAAUUACUGCUUCUGCUGAAGGAAAAUCGGCGAUUUCCCCGUCUGCCAACAAUGUAAAAUGGUUCGUUGAAGAAAUGCCAGUAAUCGAAGAAGAAGAAGAAAGACUGCACAGGAAAACGCCGAGAAAUCUAAGCGCAAGCUCGCUGGGUAAUCAAAAUGGCAAACACGGAGAUCCGGCUUGAAAAAUUGAUUUUAUUAUACAUAAAGGCAUUCAAACUAUUUA